AUGGAUGCGUUUAUAGCUGAGUACGCGAAACCAAAUAAACCUGUAAUAAUUACAGAUGUGGUUACUAAGUGGCCUGCAUACAAGAAAUGGACAAUGGAUUAUCUUGUUGAAAAGUGGGGUGAUGUAGUGUUUCGCGCGGAAGCUAUUGAUAUCAAGUUACGUGAAUACGCGAGGUACGCAGCAAAUAGUAAUAUGGACGAGAGCCCCUUAUAUUUGUUUGAUAAAAAUUUUGCGGAGAAGUGUUAUGGGAUAGAAAAUGAUUAUAGUGUCCCAGAAUAUUUUGCCGAGGAUUUCUUUAAAGUGCUUGAUAAAAAUAGACCAGAUUAUAGAUGGCUUAUUAUAGGACCAUCUCGUGCAGGCUCAACAUUUCAUAAAGACCCGAACUCGACAUCGGCCUGGAACGCUGUAAUCACUGGUUCCAAGAAAUGGAUCAUGUAUCCACCCAAUAUUUUACCGCCAGGCGUUUUUACUAGUGAUGACGAGGCUGAAGUCACCUCGCCAAUUUCUUUGAUGGAAUGGCAUCUUAAUUUUUAUAAGGAAGCUCAAAGAUCACAUCCACGUCCUCUAGAAGGUGUGUGUCAAGCCGGGGAAAUCAUUUUUGUGCCGAAUGGAUGGUGGCAUAUGGUUGUGAAUCUGGAAGAUUCUAUUGCUAUUACGCAAAAUUUCGUGGGCACUCAUAAUCUACUUAACGUGCUUUGUUUCUUGCGCGAUAAACCUGAUCAAAUUUCCGGGUUUGGGAAUAGCUUUGAGAAUUGUAGAGAUAUUUAUAAGACGUUCCGAGAAGCAUUUCGAGAAAGGUAUCAGGGUGUUUUGGAAAAAAUAGAGUUGGAAAAUGAACGAAAGUUCGUUAAUAAGAAUAAUCCAAUAAAAUCGACGUGGGAUAAAAUAAAGAAUAACGAAAACGGAAAUGAAAAUAGCGAGGUGAAGAAGUUUUCGUUUAAUUUUGAAUUCGAAGAUUCUAACGACGAUAGUAACAAUGACGUUGAUAAGCGUAGAUAG